CCUAAGAAUGCUGGUGGCGGCGGAUUUCUGGCGCGCUUCCGGUAAGAUCGAGUGCUCGUCGAUGCGCGUCACUGCGCUGCAUUUCCCCGGGAUUGCUGGAUUCGCAAGCUUGCGCGGCAUCGAUCGCCGCAGGAGGCCAAGAUUUUGCAGCAGGAGGCAAAGAUUUUGUAGCGGAGCUGCGUCGAUCGGGUGCAUUCCAGGGCCAGGAUUGAAAAUCUGCGCGCUCGAGCAGGGCACGGAGGAAUGGCUGGAAAUUCGCAAGGAUCGUCUCACGGCCAGCACAUUUGCGAAUGCGCUGGGGUUCUUCAAAGGCAAGAGGAUCGAGCUGUGGGAAGAGAAGGUCGGGCUUAGAGGCGCUUUCAAAGGAAACCAGGCGACCAGAUGGGGUGUGGAGAACGAAUCCGCCGCGGUGGAGAGCUACAAGAGGAUCACUGGCCAUCUCGUGGAUCACAUUGGUUUUAAAAUCUACAAGGAGGACGAAGAACAGCAAACACUCCGGGAAGAGAAAGGUGGUGGCGAGCAAGCUGAGAAGUUUAGCUGGCUUGGUGCUUCGCCGGAUGGUCUCAUCGAAGGCAACGAGUCCGACUUGUUCGAGAAGAAAGGAAUUCUCGAGGUGAAGUGUCCACACAUGAGAGGGAGGAGAAACGCUGGAGUUCCAUGGGCCAAAGUUCCUCACUACUACGUCCCCCAGCUCCAGGGGCUGCUGGAGAUAAUCGGGAGGGAAUGGAUGGAUUUCUACGUAUGGACCGGCAAAAGCAGUGCUUGCUUCCGGGUGACCAAGGAUCCGGAGUACUGGACACUGAUACACGGGUUGCUCAGCGAGUUUUGGUGGGAGAAUGUGAUCCCGGCACGCGAGGCACAAGCAGCCGGAGAAACAAACUUGGAUGCUUUCAAGCCUGGUGCUGAGCACCCAAAAACGGGGGCGGUGAUCAAAAAGAGCAAAGAGCUGGGCUGGACUUAACUUGACACUCUCCAUCCUCUCGACCACCAAGGUGGAAAAAACUGCCAAGGAGGAAGCUUGAGCUGUGAGAGAGCCUUUCUUCUUUUGGGAUACUCC